AGAAAUUUGGCGCCCCCCGCGCUUUCCAUCUCCACCUGCACUAACCUGCUGGAAGUGGAACCUGCAUACAUAACCUAGUAAGGCACUUCUGGUAAGUACUUGCCUAUCUCGACAAGGAGCUACUCUCCCUCCCGCAGCUCCUCGUCACACCUCAAUUUGACGUUUAUGUUUCAGACGUGAAAUGAGAUGUAGUUUCGAGCAGACAGCAUGGCCUCUAAAAUUUAUUUUUUGUCCCUCGCGGAAGCGUCGAACAUGAGCGCAAGUACGACACGCUUAGCAGCAGCGAUCGUUCAACAACUAUCUUGCAUGAUCUUUUAUGAUGAGGCUUUAAGCCACAAGGCUCUCGGCUAGAAUGGCAUGCUUCAUACGGAUAAAACUAUCUUACUCCGGCUGUGUUUUUGUCAAGCCUUGCCUCGAGCCGUAUACAUAGGUGCGUGGUUGCUCUCCAUAUGUCAUGGCAAGCCUCACAGGUUGUUAUCGUUGAGACUUUGGAGGAACAACUUUGUCUAUGCAAAUUUGCAGAUGCUCCCCUGAGCGAUCUGGUCUUCACUGUCAAACAGAUGACAACACCUACCGUGGAUGGCAGAAAUUUGCACAAAGUCACACAACUUGGUACAAAUGGCGAAGAAUCACGGAUCAACAUUGAUGUAAUCACCAAAUCUCAACCCCGCGGGAUCGUUGAGAAACCUGUCAACAAGUUCUCAAGGGAUGUUGGUUCAGGUCCUUCGGCAAAAGUUGAACGAGUUUGGCUUAAAUACCUCCCUUACGAGAUAUUAUCUUAUAUCGUGCAGGAUUUAUCUUUGGAAACAAUAUACGACCUGUCACUAAGUUGUCGCCAUUUCCAAUACUUGACGAGGGAGGAAAAUUUGUGCAAAAUGCUCUUGAAGGCUAAAGCCAACUAUGCUACGGAAACUGAGGAUGCAUUGUUGGAUGGAGACUACGCUCGGGCGUUCAGGAGAAUUAUAAAGCGACGGAGAGCAAUUUCCCAAGCUUCGCCCUUCUCAGUCAGUAUCCUCGGAAUCGCUGAUUCGUAUGCGCUAUUCGAGGGUAAGCUUUUAUAUAUUGUUGGAGAUCACUCAAUGCGGGAUCUUCGUAUUCUCGACCUCCAAAAAGCAACAAAUCAGGAAGUUGUCGUACAUGUUCCAACUCUUAUGACCCAAGCAGUGCCCGAAUCUAAGGGUUGUCGAAAGUAUAUAUUUCGAAUCCUCAACCACGCUGUGGGUAUUACGACUUGUCUGUAUACAUUUGCAAGACCAGCCACCCAAAAUUGGCUCUUCAUCUUCCAGGCUCAAGAGCACAGGUUAAUCGACAAAAUUCGGCUUGACUCAACAAUUCGGCUUUUUGUGCGAAAUAACAGUCACCAUCUUAUUUUCGGCACGCAUUCGGAGUAUGAUGCUCAAGGAAAUCGCAAAUGGGUGUUUCGUUAUUACAACAUUCAGAGUCGAAGUUUGUGCGUCGACAAGAUUCAUAUGCCCAACUUGGUCGGAUAUGAGAUUGGAACUACAGUAUGCUUCGAGAUUUUCGACGCAUAUUUUUAUGGCUGCUCGAAUCAAACUUCGUUUGAAUUGGAGGAGAUCGAUUGGACAUCACACUAUUAUUGCUUUCGGUUUCCUCUCAAUCAAUUCGAACCUAGAAUGAAGGAGGUUAUGAAUAAACGAGAUGCCUUCCGCCGCCGACACACCGAGGGCCCGAUAGAUGACCGUUGGACUUUUCUGACCCUAAAUCAAGAUGAAGAGACAGGGUCAAUAAAGAUCAUCGAAUGCCGUCGAGAAUGGCUUAAUGGAACCAGCGAGAACAGACGAACAUAUUACAACAAGGAGGUCAAGUUCCCCAACAGGGGAUUCGAGAUCAAUCCGGAUAGUACCGCAGACGAUGUUCAAGGUGGUAACGAUCCGUUACCCGAUGAGCAGCUGGCCAGGUUAUUGGGAAGCAGUGACCGGCCCAACUACGUAAAAGCCCCCAAGCGAUCAUUUCAGGAGUACCAUUCUGGGGAUCCUGGACCCGUUAUGUUUUCAAAGAACAAAACUUACUUGUCGACUUAUUCGCUUGCUUGUGGGACUUUUAUGGAUUUGGUUGAUGAUCCUCUACCCAAUGAUCCGUGUACACAACGUCUUCGCAUCAGAACUGGGUCAAAGGCUGGCCACGUGCAUGCAGCACAACAUGGCCCCCAAGAACGUCUAUUGGGUCGAGACGAGGUCGUGGACGCAGCUCAGCGCAACGUGGUUUCGUGCUGGCCGCCGAGCCUCCCGUCGGGGAAGUCUGCACCGCAUAAAGACCUCCUAGAGAGUCUUGGGAGAGCCAUGAACCCCGCCGGACUUUGUGGAAGUGUCACAGCGGCAUACGAUGGUCGAUCUAUCGUAUAUUCCACAAGCGGUGGAGGAAGUACAGCCUCAAAGGUUUUGAUCUGUGUUUCCUUCGACCCCGCUGUGAAACUGGCUGGCAUGAUCCGUGCGGGUUGCCUCCAUGCAGAGAUCGUGAACGAUGACAACAGCGGGAAAGGGGCCAUAAAUGGCAUACUUGGGCAGGAAAAAGUGUCGGAGAUGAUACAUCAUGCGAAACAAUGGCCUUGCCGCAGGAAUAUUGCUACGCAGCCAGCAGAUGCUGCAUUGUCUCCACCUCAGCAUGUUCAAUGGUCUGAAAAGGAAAACCUUGAGGUCAGAACGAGACAGUCCUCAGAAAAAGGUCCGCUGUGGGUACGUAUAGACAAUGCUAUGCACCAAGAGUUCUCCGCCAAGUAUGCGUUUGGGUUUCAUUAAGACCAUAAUGUCAGGUGUUAUUUUACAAUGCAUCAAGAGACAUUCAAACCUUAAAAUUGUGGCUUGGAUACAAACCAGCAGUUUUCAUGACAUAUUGCUGCCUCAUUAUGUGUGGCGGAGGUCAAGGAGCACCAAUUGUUUGUGACGCGGAGAUGCGGAUCAGCACAGGCGUGAACGGUAUCAGAUUGGGUUUGGUUCCGGGCAAUAAGAAGCUACUGCAUAGCCUUUUGAUCCAG